GCACAUUGCGCAGGCGCUGGUCACGACCCGGAAGGACGGACCCCGCACUUCCGCUGCGGUGCGCUCAUGGCUUUCUCCCGGUGGCUCCGGAAGUGUGGUUGGUCAUACGUGUUCUCGAAGUGCCGGUGUCUUUCGGGCGUCGCCUGGAGAAGCCCGGGAUUGAACCUGACUCCAGAAUGUUCAUCGUACCGCAGCAGACAUAACUCAACGUGUAGCCUCGGUUCUGUGUCGGAAAGUGGUGCUAAAACAGUCACUUCAAAGCUUACCCGCUUAACGCAACACCAGGUUCGCUAAGCCAGGAAUUUGGCGAUGGCCCGACUCGAUGGUUCUGCUUUAAGUUCUUUUCCACAACACCGCCACGGAUGAGGCCACUGACCGGUGACCAAAACCACGCAGCACUUCAGUCUUGGCAGCACAUUUUCAUAUGUUAUCUGGGUGUUUCUUCACCAGAGCCUGUCCAGCCAGAAACGAUUUAUCUCCAUUUCACUCUGAAGAUGUGCCGCCGAGAUGGGCCCUGUCCUCUGCGGAUGCCUGCUCCUGUGGACUCUCCACGUGCCAGCCACCCAGGCCGCCCACCCAGGGAUCAAGGCUAGGGUCACUCAGCGGGCACUGGACUACGGUGUUCAAGCUGGGAUGGAGAUAAUGGAGCAAAUGGUAAAACAAAAGCACAUCCCAGAUUUAAAAGGCUCUGAAACUCUUGAAUUUCUGAAGAUUGAUUAUGUGAACUAUAAUUUUUCAAACAUAAAAAUCCACACCUUUUCAUUUCCAAAUACCUCAUUAGCCUUUGUGCCCGGGGUGGGCAUCCGAGCACUGACCAACCACGGCACAGCCAACAUCAGCGCAGACUGGGAAGUCAGGGCCCCGCUUUUCCGCGACGCAGGUGGAGCUGAUCUCUUCCUGUCUGGAGUCUACUUCACGGGUGUGAUCAUCCCGACCCAGGAUGCUUUCAGCCACCCUGCCCUGAAGCUCCAGGACUGCUACGCCCAAGUGAGCCAUGCCCAAGUGUCCUUCACUGGGGACCUGAGCGCCCUGUAUAACACAUUCGCUGAGCCCAUGGAGAAGCCCAUCCUGAGGAACUUAAAUGCAGUGCUCUGCCCCCUUAUCUCGGACGAAGCAGCAGGGCUGAACACCAACCUCAGCUCCCUGGAGGUUUUAACUAAGAUUGACAACUUCACGCUGCUGGAUUACUCCCUCAUCAGCCCUCCAGAAAUCACUGAGCACUACCUCGACCUGAAUUUGAAGGGCGCGUUCUACCCACUGGAAGACCUCACCGACCCCCGCUUCUCUCCGGAGCCUUUCGACCUCCCGGAGCACUCGGACUCCAUGCUGUACAUCGGCAUCUCCGAGUACCUCUUCAGGUCGGCGUCCUUGGCUCAUUUUGCUGCCGGCGCUUUCAGUGUCACGCUGUCCACCAAAGAGAUUUCCAACCAUUUAAUUCAGAACUCUCAAGGAAUUGGCAACGUGUUCUCCCGGCUUGCAGAUCUCUACAUCCUGUUCCAGCCCCUCGUGCUGCGGAUCAUGGCCACGGAGCCGCCAGUGGUCCGCCUGCAGCCGGGCAACUUCAGCCUGGAGAUCCCUGCCUCUGCCAUCCUGCUCACGCAGCCCCAGAACUCCAGCGAGCUGGAGCCCAUCGUCUCCAUGGACUUUGUAGCCAGCACCAGCGUCGGCCUGGCGAUUUUGGGACAAAGGCUGAUCUGCUCCCUGUCUCUGAACAGAUUUCGCCUGUCUGUGCCAGAGUCCAAUCGCAGCGACAUUAAGGUCUUGAGGUUCGAGAAUAUUCUGUCCUCCAUCCUGCACUUUGGAGUCCUCCCCCUGGCCAACACAAAACUGCAGCAAGGAUUUCCCCUGCCCCAGCCAUACAACAUCUCAUUGGUCAACUCAGAUAUUGAAGUUCUCGAGGGUUUUGUUUUGAUUUCCACCGACCUGAAAUAUGAAAUGUCCUCGAGACAGCAGCCAAGUUUCCAUGGUCUGGGAGAUCUGAACCUGAUAAGAGGACAGGGGAUGGGGCAGCCGGCUCCUUGAUGCCUGUUCACAUCUACCCCAGGAAGUACCUGGCCCUUAUCCCACAGCACCCAAAGGGGAAGAGGGAGCACAGUGGAAUUUGAAAACCCUUCUGAAAUGCAGAUGCAGAAAAUUUGCUCUCUGGAGCCUUCAGGAAACUGAGAGUGAGGCCACCUGGAUUAUGGGCUGAACAGAGGCCUGUGUGCUGUGUGCAGAGGGAUACUCAUGGCACCGUGAGUUGCUGUGUCUGUGUUUAUAAGAUUCUGGGGACAAGAGUGAGGCAUGUAUUUCUGACCUGGUGGGUAAAAACUUGGAAGUCUAUAUUUAUUUCAGUUCCCUCCUUUAGAGUUUUGUCUCUACCUGCAUACUGGAUUUUACAUUUUAUAUUCACUGAUA